AUGAAUGUCACAUCUCCUUCAAUACCAAAUUUUGUUCUGUUUGGUUUUCCAGGCAUUCAGGGCUGGAUGUCCAUUCCUUUUUCUGUAAUAUAUAUUGUAACAUUAUUAGGUAAUUUCACUAUUGUAAUAAUUAUUACUGGUGACGAAAGUCUUCAUGAACCUAUGUAUUUAUUUAUUUGUAUGCUGGCUAUUGCUGAUGUUAUUUCAAGUACUUCUAUUUUGCCAAGGAUGUUAGCGAUGUUAUGGUUUGACAUUACCAUUAUUAGUAUGGAAGGUUGCUGCUUGCAACUAUUUUUUAUGCACACCGCUACAUUUGUUGCAUCUUCAUUUUUACUUGCCAUGUCUUGUGAUCGCUAUUUUGCAAUCAGUAACCCACUGAGAUAUUCAACUAUAUUUUCAAGUUCGACUGUUAGAAAGAUUUCAUUAUUAUGCAUAGCACGUGGACUUAUUUUUGUUAUCCCUUUGCCUGUAUUUGUUUCCACUCUAUCAUACUGCAGGUCAAAUAUACUUGUCACAUCCUACUGUGAUUAUAUAUCACUGAUACAAAUCAGUUGCACAGAAUCCAUAUUUUACGCCAUCUAUGGAUUGACUAUUGCCUUCAUUAUAAUUGCAGAUGCUGUUUUUAUUAUAUUCACAUAUGUCAUGAUUCUUGUUACCGUACUGAAAUUAGCUUCUAGGAAGGAUCAUGAUAAAGCUUUAAGCACCUGCAGUUCACAUCUCAUUGUUGUGUUGCUGACAUACACAACUGCUAUAUUUGCUGUUAUUAUGAAUAGUUUUGCUGAAUAUAUUCCAUCCUCACUGCUUGCAACACUAUCUUGCUUGUAUAUUGUACUGCCAGGAAUGCUAAAUCCAAUAAUUUAUGGUAUGAAGACAAAAGAGGUGCGACUGCAUGCUUUAAAA